AAUUUUAUGAACAAUUUUGUUAGUGCAAAUUCUCACAAAUCAAAUGUAUUAAUAAAAUAUCUAAAGUGCAGUUUGGAGUUAGGACUCCGAGAGACGCGACUAUCGAUUUGCUUAGGCCUUUCACAAACGACGUUGGUUCACUCUGUCCUGGUCGUAGGGGUCUCCGGUGCCUUAAGGCUCCGAUCUGCUGACGUUGUUACCGGCAAUCAUUGCGUGACGAAUCAAGAGCUUCGUCGUUGAAUUGAUCGCUUUCUUUACUUUGUAGUCUCUGCUCUCUGAGAAAUCAUGCAGUUCUUUGGUGGGUCAGAAAUUAGUCCUUCGCCUCCGGUACCAACAGCAACUGGAAACAAUGUUCAUAUGAUGUAUAUUUUCAAUAGGAAUGGAGUUUGCUUGUUCUAUAGGGAGUGGAAUCGGCCUCUCCGGACAUUGAAUCCCCAGCAAGACCACAAACUUAUGUUUGGUUUGCUCUUCUCCCUUAAAUCCUUUACUGCCAAGAUGGACCCAACCAGUGCUGACAAAGGAAAUCUUGGCGUGCCUCAGUUACCUGGCCAAGGUUGUUCGUUUCACAGUUUUCGUACUAAUACCUACAAGCUCAGUUUUACUGAAACUCCAUCAGGGAUAAAGAUUAUUCUGGUUACCCAUCCUAGAACCGGUGAUCUGAGGGACCCGUUGAAGUACAUCUACAACUUGUAUGUUGAAUAUGUAGUGAAAAAUCCAAUCUACAGUCCAGGAACUCCAAUCAGGUGUGAGCUAUUCAAUACAAGUCUUGACCAAUAUGUAAGAACUAUAUUGUAGAAAUCAGAGGUAGCGACUACUCUGCCGAUUUAGUUUCAUUCAAUUUGUAUGGUUUGUCUAUCUUUUGUCUACGAAUGAAUGUGAUUCACUGGAUAAUGGUGCAGUUGCAGGCUAUUAAAAUGCCUACAUGGGAGUUUCUAUUUGUUUUCUAUUGGUUGGACUGUAGACAGUGCACCGGUAUGAAUUAUUCUAGCUUAUCUUUUACCUUUCCCCCUUUCGUCUCCCAGCAUUCUAUGGUAACUUCUCUGUGAUAGUAGUGGUGGAAGAAAAAUGAAAAAAAGAAGAAGAAAGAAUUCUAGUACAACUGUUUGCUGCUCAUGUAUAAUUUGUAGUAAUGCAACUACAGUUCUUGUUUCAUUUACAAACGUACCAUUACAUUAGUCGUCGUUUGUGUAAAAAAAUGUGAAAGGUUUCAAAUGUGACA